CCAAGAGCCUCCGCCACUCUUACAAUUACAAACCAAAAUCUUUUCUAACUCUUUAAGAACUGAGAUAAUGUGUCACCGUGACGAUAAGGAAGCAUAACUUUUCCAUUCAACUCAAUACUCAGUGAGAUGGGGCAAUAGGAUUACUCGAUGUUCGAAAUGAUUGAAGGGCACUCAAUUGCCUUUGCGCCGCUAGAUAUUGGAAGCUCAAGACACCUAUUUUGAUAGGACAUAUCGUGUCUUUUCUUCCAAGAUACCUCUACCAAAGCAUACCAACAACUCCUUUCUUCCAAGAUGUUGUCUUUGAAAAGAGCUUUCCGAGAAAGUGUACUUAAGGGUGGCAGGCCCAACUUGUUGUCCUGGAAAAUACACAAAGCAAUAUCCACUACCGCGACAUCGAUUCAAGAGCUCGCUGGACAUGAAUUGCCUUUGCACAAAGACACUGAAUCACUUAGCAGACCCCAAAACAGAAGGGAUGGACUCAAAAAUGCCAAGCCCUUCUCCUCCUUUCUUACCGAUAACUUCCAGAGACAACACGAUUAUCUUCGAAUCUCAAUCACAGAAAAGUGCAAUCUGCGAUGCUUGUAUUGUAUGCCAGAAGAGGGAGUCCCACAAUCGCCACAGCCGGAUCUCCUCACGACCCCGGAAAUCGUGCUCCUAUCGUCUAUAUUUGUUUCCCAAGGUGUUUCGAAGAUCCGCCUUACCGGUGGUGAGCCGACUGUUCGUCGCGAUAUACUGCCUCUUAUGCGACAGAUUGGAGCCUUGCGAUCCCAAGGUCUGCGCGAGCUUUGUCUUACCACAAAUGGGCUAAACCUUGCAAGAAAAUUGGAUAGUAUGGUGGAAGCAGGGUUGACUGGGAUCAACUUAAGUUUGGAUACUUUGGAUCCAUGGCAGUUUCAGAUUAUGACUCGAAGGAAAGGCUUUGAAGCUGUGAUGAAAAGUAUAGACAAGAUACUGCACAUGAACAAAUUAGGCGCUGGCAUAAAACUCAAGAUCAAUUGCGUGGUAAUGCGUGGGCUCAAUGAAAGAGAAAUAAUACCCUUCGUCGAAUUAGGUCGAGACAAAGAUGUCGAAGUUAGAUUCAUCGAAUAUAUGCCAUUUGAUGGCAACAAGUGGAGCCAAGGUAAAAUGUUAAGCUACCUGGAAAUGCUUGAUAUCAUACGGCAAAAGUAUCCUACACUUCGAAAGGUAGCAGACCACAAGAAUGACACAAGCAAGACCUAUGAGAUUCCUGGAUUUGUGGGGAAAAUGGGAUUCAUUACAAGCAUGACUCACAAUUUUUGUGGUAGUUGCAAUAGAUUGCGCAUUACGAGUGAUGGCAACUUGAAGGUAUGCUUAUUUGGCAAUGCCGAAGUAUCCCUGAGGGACAUCCUGAGGAAGUCCAAUGGCAAUCAUCCCAUUGACGAGCAAGCUUUUGAAGCGAUGAAGCAGAUAGAAAUGGGUAGGAGAGAGAAUCUUGGAGAUGCCCACAGCCCUCUAGGAAGCUCUCCCAACGAGAGAGAGUUGCUAGAGGUCAUUGGAAUGGCUGUGAGUCGGAAGAAGGAAAAGCACGCCGGCAUGGGCGAAUUGGAAAAUAUGAAGAACAGACCCAUGAUCUUAAUAGGUGGGUAGGUUUCAUUUUACAUCGAGAUACGUUAGCGAUGUGAUAGUAUGAAGUUAUUUGCGUUCUGGCGUCUUUUAAUACCCUGAUGUAUUUAAUCAAUAUCUUGAAAUCUAGAUAGGUGCAAAUAAGAUGUUGCGUUUCUGCAGUAUGAUGCGUAGUCAACACUGACAUCUUAUCUAGAUGACAAAUACUAUCGUCGUCCAAAGGCACUCACUCAAUGUUUUGGAAGUAGGCCCUCAGGUCGAUACCACCAAAUCUCUUUCAAUCUUUUACCACAUAUACCUCCUCAUUCUGCACGCCUGUACUUCAGCAAAUCUACUCCGGCUCAAAUCAACAAUACCAGUAGUGGCGUAGAAGAGUCUUCGAUAGACACUCUGUCAGGUUCAAUCCAAUCAGGGGUGCACAAGCUUACUCAUCUUACACAAUCCGGUGAUGCACAUAUGGUUUCGAUCUCUUCUAAACAGUCUACGAAAAGAACUGCAGUUGCUGUCUGCAGUAUUCAUUUUUCCAAUGAUGUAGCAAUUUCACUCAUCCGUGACAAUCGAGCCAAGAAAGGUGAUGUACUAGGAAUCGCUCGUGUCGCAGGCAUCAUGGCUGCCAAGAGAACUUCUGAUUUGAUACCUCUAUGCCAUCCAAUUGCCAUUACACAUGUCAACAUCGACCUAAAAAUUUCGCACGAAGGUGGAACAGGCACAAGACCUUCAUCCUCCGCUUCAAGGACUUCAAUUCCAUGGUCUGGCACAGGACAAGGUGAUGGAUAUAAAUGGCCGUCAUCUGUUUCAGAGGAUGUUCCUCUCGAUAAAUUUGGGAGCGUGGAAGUUACGGCCAGUGUGUCAUGCGAUGGGAAAACGGGGGUCGAAAUGGAGGCACUUACAGCCGCUUCAACGGCGGCAUUGACAAUCUACGAUAUGUGUAAGGCUGUGGAUAAGGGCAUGCGAGUUGAGGGGUUGAGAGUCGUGAGGAAAGAGGGGGGAAAGAGUGGCACAUGGGUAGAGGGAAUCUCCGAUGGCGAAAAGUAAACAAUAGUGAAGCAGAGGUGACAUGAAAGGACGGUUUACCUAAUCAUCUCUGGCAAGCAACAGCCAUAUUCUCCCCCAACACACAUUGGAUUUACCAUCGUCAUGUAUCGCUCUCGGAUGAGGCGCAGAGCUGGUUUUCCUUCCCCUUCCCGAUGUUUCUUGCAGGAGAUGAAAAUGUCAAGAAAGUCACGAUACAUGAGUUCCUGGCCUGCGGAGGAAGAUUGAACAUUUGAUUGAACCGCUUCAUGACUCACGAACUAAUAAUUAUGCAU